GACCUAUACACUACACGCACAGCUGACCGGGCGACCAUCAUACACACUCGUGAAAGAAACAGCGCAGCGCUAAUAGGCAAACAAACCAAACAGAAGCCAACGAAAUAUGUGUUAAAGUGAAUGAAAUAAAAAUAUAAAAAUAUCUUUCGCACUAUUUCGGCCAGAAAAGAAACAUUUUUUAAUCAAUAAAACUGUGUGUGUGUGCAAGAACGCCCGCACCUAACGCGCAGCCUCCGUCCACCAACCCCAAAUCUGCAGCAGCGCAGAGGUUGCACUGCAUUGCAUCUGGAAACAACUGGAACGCGGCACACGUAGGCCAAUACAAGAUACCUUCCCGUCCGUAUUGUUGAACAAUUGUUGCGGGCGAAGGCCGACAGACGCCACAAAAACAGAACAGCCCGAGCCGAGCCACACUUGUAGGCCAGAGUAAUCAGAAGCAGCAACAGCUACAGCAACAGCUACAGAAUGGUGGAUUUCCGAUUCGAUAUUAAGCCACUGUUUCCGGAGGCGAUUGUCAGGGUGACGUCAAACCUCCUGCCGCACAACUUUCGCGGCGAUCGGCGCCAGUGCCUAGAUGCCACCUCGAAGAUAUCGGAGAUAAUCGACAGUAUGGGCCAGCUGUCGGCCACGUCGCAGGGCCUGUCCAAGCCGGUGACCACAGCCCAGCGUCUGCGGAUGUCCGAGAACCAGACCAUCUAUUUGCUGGCGGAUCCCGAGGCAGGUCACAAUGGAGCUGUGACUGGGCUGCUCAAGGUGGGCAAGAAGGAUCUGUAUUUGUUCGACGAGACCGGUCAGACGCGCAAGGUGGAGCGAGCUCCAUCCAUCCUGGAUUUUUAUGUGCACGAGUCCCGCCAGCGCGCUGGCCUGGGCAAGCGGUUGUUCGAGACCAUGCUUAGGGAAGAGAACUGGACUCCGUUGAAGUGCUCGGUGGACAGGCCCUCGGAGAAGCUGUUGGCCUUCUUCGGCAAGCACUACGGCCUAGUGCGCACCAUUCCGCAGUCCAAUAACUUUGUGCUGUACGAGGGAUACUUUAAUGAAUCCAACUCCUCAAAAGGUCAUGCCCACGCUCAGUCUCCGCAGGAAGCCAAGAACGGUCAGCACAUUACAAACAGUCCUAACACACAACUCUUUGGUGCUACUUACUUGGGCGAGGAGGUCGACCACAGGCGACACGGCUCCCAGGAGCAAAAGCAGAGGAACUCCUCGAAUGUGCUGCAGCAGCAAAUAUCACAGGUCUCACCAAACGGACGGUAUGGCGCCAAGCACCCAGCCUGCACCAUGUCAGAGAUAAUUUCUGGAAUCUCGAAGUGCAGCACCAAAGGCGGAGUCGCAGGCAGUGGAGAGUCGAGCAGCGGCAAUGGCGAUGGCAACCACGUUGCAGAGAUGAUGACCGCUCAAAUGGAUUUGCAUCACCUGGAGGACGAGCAGCAGGCACACGGGCACAUGAAUACCAAACGAAUGGACCUGCAGGACGUGGUGGACCAGGAGGAGGCACACUUCAUUCGGUUCGGGAUGCAGCCACAGAUGGAGGAGCCACAGGCCGAGUUCGAACCAGAGCGUGAGCCAAUUACACCGCCAUCCCCAGAGGUGGCCGAGAGUAUCAUUGGCGAGAACCGGAGGCCAGCGGCCUUUCAUCUGAGCAAGCAGCACACUGGAAUGAAGAAUCGCUCCUCUGGUGUGGGUAUGGCAGUGAUGCCCAGCAGCAAGAUGGAGUUCAGCCAGGAGGGGCGCGAGGACUUCGGUGUCAAGAUAACUCGUCCGCCGGGUUACGAAGAUCACUCGCCGGGCCACGACAACACAGACGCCGAGUCCACUGUGUCCUCCGGCGGCGGUGGUGCCGGUCACCUCACCAACGAGGGCUACAAUGAUCUCAAGUUCUAUCACAACAGGUUGUGGUAAGAGAAGGGACUCGGCAGCACAGCAGCCACAGUACGUGGCAUAAUAAGCAUAAUCAA